AUGGGUCAGAAUCAAGGAAAAACUAACGGAGAAGGAUCCUAUGCGGUAGUUUUCUGUGAAAUUUUGGCUGAGCCCUGUGUGAUUCACAGUACUGGGAAUGGGACAAAUACUGAGACCCUCGGAGACAACUUUAUGUUCAGCGUCAAUAUGGAUGAGGAAGAAAGGUUGGAAAGGAGUGGUGACGUGCCUGCUGAAAUAAGGAAUCAGGGAGUUUAUCAAAAAGCACUCGAAAAAGGCAGUGCAACAGUACAUCGCACACGACUGAUGAUCGUCGGUCAAGAACGAGUUGGAAAAACUAGCCUGAUGAGGAGUCUCAUUCAUGCAAGUUUUAACAGCAAUGAAUUGUCAACAGAAGGCGUCACUACGGACUGCACCAUAAACAUCAUUUCUGCACAAUCUUGGAACUGUAAAAGAGGUGAUUCAACCAGCCUCAAUCGCGAGUUGAUGAUUGGCCUCGAAAAAGAAAAAGAUAAACACAUUGAUAUGGAACCAUUGCAGCCUACCACUACACACCAACUACAAUCAUCAUCAGCAGCUUCACAAACCCAGACUGAAACACAACCAAGUGGCACUACGGUAGAGUCAACAUCUGGUGGAAAACAUAUACCGGUAUCAAGGUUAUCCAAAAUCGCUGAAAAGGCAAUGUCUGAGGGAGUAAAUACACAACAGAAUGCAGAACAGCCUACACUCAAUAUCUGGGACUUUGCCGGCCAAGAUUUGUACUACACGACGCACCAGACAUUUCUGUCUUCCCGGGCGAUCUACCUGGUUGUUUUCAACCUCUGUCAAGAUCUUGACAAACCAGUGCCAGUCCAGGAUGAGGGGAGCGGCGGUUCCAUCACAUAUAGGACAACCCCUAUUCAGUAUCUGGAUUUCUGGAUGCAGUCAAUGUUCACCUACACCAAGGAAAACUCCUCAAAAGACAGAUUGGAACAGAAAUCCCCACCAAUCUUCAUAGUUGGCACACACAGAAACAGUGUCGGUGGGGAAAAUUUGCCAGAAAAAAAUCGUAAAGGCUUGGUAGCUGAGAUAUUUAAACGGAUACGACAUGAGAUCCAUAACAAGCCGUACUUCAGAUACGUGGUUUCUGAAUUCUACGCAGUAGAGAACUCUCUAGAAGACAACCUGAAGAUUGAAAAGCUACGCCACCACAUUGAGAGCAUAGCAAAGAAAGAGCCUUACAUGGGUGAGAGAAUCCCUUUGAACUGGCUGGCGUUUGACGAUGAGAAGGGAAACAUAAGUGGUGGAAAACCUGUCAUGACACUGAAGCAGGUAAAGCAUGGCUUUGGGAUUGAAGAUGAAACUGAACUGCUGACGAUGCUGAAGUUCUAUCACGAUCUCGGCCACAUAAUAUACUUUGGAGGGGAAGGUGGCAAGAAAAGCCAGGCGCUGAGAGAUGUGGUCAUUCUGGAUCCACAGUGGCUGAUCGAUGCCUUCAAGAAGAUCCUCACUGUGAAACAUCCAAGAAACCAAAACGAACAUUAUGUCCAGUCUUGGGAUCGACUGCAAAAAAAUGGCAUAUUGGAGGAUUUGCUCAUCGACCACAUGUGGAAAGACAUCAUUGAGCACAAAAAGGCGCUGCUGGAUCUGAUGGACAUGUUUGACCUACUCUGUGAGCGUGUUGAUGAGCCUCGGAAGGAAGAGAAAAGUAGCACUGCUCCAUCCACGGCCACACAGCCUUCCCUCACAAAUGCAUCUUACUAUGUGCCUUCAAUGUUGCGGCAGCGGACAUCACGUUCAUCUCCACUUGAGACGAUUGAGAAGAAUUCAAACGUGUUCUAUGUGGACUUCGAAGAAUUCCUCCCUGAUGGAUUGUACCAUCGGUUAGUUGUGCGAGCUUUGCGAUGGUCUCAAAAAUUGGGUGGAAGAAAGCCUGGCUUGCUCUAUGAUCGAGCAAGUUUCUAUGUAGAUGACCAUCAUCACUUCGCCCUGCAAAUGGUGCACCAUUCAAAGCUUGCAUGUAUCAAAGUGAGUGUCAUGAGGGCGGGAGUUAUUUCGCCCCCCAAACAUGCCAAACCACCUUCAGCGGAUGUUACGUGUAAGGUUAAAGACUUUGUGAAAGAGACUCUGCAGAACUUGAAAACCAUGUGGAUCAAGCGAAGUAACUACGGCAUUAUUAGUGUCAAGUGUCCUAAUGAGAAUCACAAGGUUACCCACUUUCUACAACUGGAUGAAUGCAUGGACAAGCCGGAAGUUGUCUGCCGCUUUGAGAAUGCUCAAGUAGUCAUAAAAACGGAUGGAAUCCAAGCCAUGUUCAGGCAGGAAAGCCCCGAGGAAGAAGCUUCCGCUCGUGAACCACGUUUAGAUGACAAAACUCUGGCGGCAUUUGCUAAGAGACUCGGUGCAGAGGAGAAGCUACCGUUUAACGACAUCCACCUGAGAGAGAUAGCCAAAGAGCUCGGCCAAAACUGGGAGAAAUUGGCCACUUACCUGCAUUUCACACAAGACGACACGUACACAUUUGUGACAAACUCGCAAACUGGUGUCGAUGGUGCGAUUUUCGACAUGCUUACAACAUGGAAGCAGAGGUUCAAGGGAGGAGAAGUGGAGAAGAUGAAAACAGAUGGCUGA